GAUGAUCCAAUCCCGAGGCCUUUUGCUGGCUUUUCUCUGCCUUUAUGGGCUCCUGGGCUGCUGCCAGGCUGGCCUUAAGAGCCGCAUCUUGGGCGGCGAUGAAGCCGGCCCCACGGCCACGCCCUAUGCCGCCUCCUUGCGUGUGGACAAUGCGCAUGUGUGCGGCGCCACCAUUGUGUCUGCCACAAAAAUGGUGACCACCGCCCACUGCCUGCACCGCGAUGGAAGGCUCAUCGAUGUCAGCCGUCUGUCGUGCCGCGUGGGCAGCACCAAUCAGUAUGCUGGCGGACGCAUUGUGUAUGUCGCUUCGGUCACUGUGCAUCCGGACUACUAUCAGCUGCAGAACAAUGUGGCCGUGAUCACGCUCAGCUCUGCGCUGGCCUUCACCGACCGCAUCAAGGCCGUGGAGUUGGCCAGCAGCGAUGAGGAUCUGCCCGCCCAGGGAUCCGCCAUCAUUGUGGCCGGCUGGGGGCGCACCGUGGAGGGCAGCAACUCCUACAAGAUACGCGAACUUUCGCUGACGGUCGCCGAGGAGACGGUCUGCCUGGACGCUUACAGUGCCCACGACAAGGCGAGCUUUUGCCUGGCCCACGAGCUGAGGCAGGGCACCUGCCACGGCGACGGAGGCAGCGGUGCCGUCUACAACGAAAAGCUCAUUGGACUGACGAACUUUGUGGUGGGUGCCUGCGGCUCCCGUUAUCCGGAUGUGUUUGUGCGAGUCUCCAGCUUCCACGACUGGCUGCAGCAGCAGAUUGCCUAGGUUCCUCGCGACAUUAUAGUUACUCUGUAAAUCUGACAUAA